AGACUGUCUUCCCAAGUGGUUCGCAGAGAAAAGACGGGAACAUAGGAAAUCCUACAAAGAAGUGGAUUUAGGAUAAGAAAUCGUCCAGGAGUGGGAGUGAAGACAGAAAAGGAGAGAUUAGAGCACACCAAAGGAACAACCUGGGAAAGUUACAGAUGCAAACCACCCUCUGAUACCCCACUGAGAAACCGGAGUCAUAAGCCAUUCAGGUUUUCAUACUGAAAUACAGCGACAAGCAGAGGGAACUUCUGGAAUCAUGAAGAAAUCAUACCCAGUAAGAUCAUCCAGCGCUCGGGUGAGGAGGACAGAAAAAGAGGUAUCUGGCAUCACAAGCCCUACACUGAAACGGUCGUUUGAGGUGGAGGAGACAGAUUCAUCCACACACCCUUCGUCUCUGACUCGUAGGAGCACCAACCCUCUUCGCCCAUCCUCCUCCUUCUCAUCCAGCCAGCGGAGCUACGACCUGAGUUCCCGUAACUCUGACUACUCCUCCUCUUCCAGAUCCUCCCCUUCAGAGUCUUCCAAUCCACGUUCACCCAAGACCGGCAUGAGGCGCAUUGAGUUAUCAGGGGGUCGCAAUCCUGACACAGCCUCUUCCCGACGCACAGAAAUCUCCAUCGAGGUCUCCUCCAAGCAAAUUGACAACUCACCCAGCGCUGGCAUUGCCCGCUUUGGGCUUAAACGGCCUGAAGUCAGCCUGAGUAGUCGGAUUAAUCCUGUGGACAGCUCCUCCAAUUCCAUUUCUAGCUCUGCAAAUAGGCGAGCAGAGCUCAGCAUGACACGGCCCCAUGAGCCCCCCACUCCUCCCAGGAGGAUGGAUGUCCAGCUGGCCUCUGCCCCUCCCUCAAGGAUCCCUGAACCCCCACAGAGGAGAGCAGAGCCACAGUCCUCCAUGCUAAGUCCAACUGAGGCAGGAUCCAAGAGGCCAGAGAUGCCUGUUUUGAGACAGGCUGAUGGUUUGGUGUCCAGCAGUGCAUUGGAGAACAACAACCACCCACCUCCUGCACCCAGCGCUCCCCUCCCCUCCCUCACAGAGCCCAGAGUGGAGAGGGUGCAGUCACCUGUCACGGACCUGCCCACAGCCCGACCCACAGACAGGCCAGAGGUGAUUCCCAGCUACAGCAGCAGCACCAUGUCUGAGGCAGUGGUACCUGAUGUGAUGGUGCCCCCAGCAGUGGGUGGCCUGUACGGGGAGAAGGCUGGUGGUCCUGUGGUGGACUUCAGUUACGUGGGUAUUGAUGCAAUUCUGGAGCAGAUGAGGAGGAAGGCCAUGAAGCAGGGUUUUGAGCUCAACAUUAUGGUUGUAGGACAGAGUGGUUUAGGAAAAUCCACCUUGAUGAACACACUGUUUAAGUCGAAAGUCAGCCGUAAGUCAGUGCUGGGUACAGGCCAGGAGAAGAUUCCCAAAACCAUUGAAAUCAAGUCUAUCAGCCACGACAUUGAGGAAAAGGGAGUGAGAAUGAAGCUGACAGUGAUCGACACACCUGGUUUUGGAGACCAGAUCAACAAUGAAAACUGCUGGCAGCCCAUCAUGAAAUUCAUUAAUGACCAGUAUGAGGCGUACCUGCAGGAGGAGAUCAACAUCAACCGAAAGAAAAGGAUCCCAGACUCGAGAGUUCACUGCUGCAUAUACUUCAUUCCUCCUACCGGACACAGUCUUCGGCCUCUUGAUGUUGAAUUCAUGAGACGUCUCAGUAAGGUGGUCAACAUUGUCCCUGUCAUUGCCAAAGCAGACACACUAACCCUGGAGGAGAGGGACUUCUUCAAAAAGAAGAUCAGGGAAGAGCUUCGAGCCAAUGGGAUUGAUGUCUAUCCUCAGAAGGAAUUUGACGAGGACUCUGAGGACAGAAUGAUCAACGAGAAGAUCAGGGAGAUGAUCCCGUUUGCUGUGGUGGGCAGUGACCAGGAGUAUCAGGUCAACGGCAGGAGGCUGUUGGGGAGGAAGACCAAGUGGGGAACAAUUGAAGUUGAGAACAUUGCCCACUGUGAGUUUGCCUAUUUACGAGAUCUGCUCAUCAGGACCCAUAUGCAGAACAUUAAGGACAUCACCAGCAGCAUCCACUAUGAAAUGUAUCGCGUGAGGCGCCUCAAUGAGAAUAACACGGCGGUGGCUCAUGCCAACGGAAUCCCAGAGCAUUACAUCGCCGCCCACGAGAUGUAGACGCCACCUGCCCCCACCGCAGUUGGCUUCACCUCGGUGUAAUUCACUUGCUAUGAGACUUUGUCCUUCUUUAACAGACUUCCCACCGCUGCAGUCCUCCACUCCAUCCGCCAUCUCACAGGUGGGAUACAAGGUUAAAAGCCAGAGGGACUUUAUUUUUACUGACGUUCGGCGGCUGAAUGGACUGUUCACGUCGGUUUAUUGCCUCGUUAACGAACACUAUCCUCUCACCAUCACUGACAAAGAGAGUGAAGAGAAGUUCAAUUCAGUGUAAAGUGCAGCAUCUUAAAUAUACCUGUUUCCUGAUCUUCCUUUUAAACUCUGUGGUUUUACACGUGGUGCCAAAGAUUUGGCAUCUGCCAAACAUAAGGACUGACACUCGGUACAUUUGUGUCGGAUUUGCCUUAAUCAGUAACAUGUUAAUCCUAUCCACUUUUACUUUUUCCAAGUUUGAUGUGUUUUAGCAGCGCUUAUAUGAGUUUGUGCCUUUGCAGAAGCACAGUUUCCUGUUAUGUACACACCUGGAUCAAUGUGUGGAAAGCAAUAUUCUCCAUAAUUGCACUUGAUCACAUACAUAGUCAUAGAAAACAUGUUGGAAGGGGGCUGGGCGACACUUUGCCAACAUGUGACACAUACACAGUCAUAGCAGCCUCUCUGUUCAUCUGUGAUGCAGCAUCUGUCAGCUCUCGCUCCAAAAACCAAUUACCAAAAAUAGCACAUCAUACGUUUGAGUUGAUCUUUUUGUCACAAAUUGCUUUAACUGUUUGUUAUAUGUUAAAUAUGGAUAUCAGGUCCUGGACGUCUUUAAUUCCCUGUAAUUAAUAUCAUUGUUUAUUAAUAGAAAUAUCUUAAGAGUGAUUUAAGAUGGAAAAGUAUUUAUGCACGAUAUAAAAUGUGAACAUUUGUCAAUCCACUUACUCAGAUCAUUUAUAAUCGCAUAUUUUCGAUGCUUUUGGGCCUGUCAUAGUGCCUUAUUUAUUGGUGAGUGUUGGCUAACAUGUUGACUGAAACUGGAAAGAGAGUAGGAUUGUCUGUGCCAAGUUGACAAUGUUUUUGAACACUUUCCCAUUUUUUAUCUAGGUGAAAAAAAAGUCUGUCUUCCAUUGAACUGCCCCGUUAAUCUCCUGUUUUCCAUAAUAUAUCAAGGAUCUUUGUCUGACACAUACAUUAUAUAAUUCCCUAAGCGUCACUGUUAUGCUCUGUCUUGUAUAUUCUUCUGUGUUCUGAUACUUUUUUUUGUACUUGUAUUAUUAAUAACAAAUUUCCUUUAUCUUAUUUUAAAGAAAUAAAAAUUAAAGUUGUACAUAUUCA